AUGACAUUGGGUUGCGAGAUUCUUGACAAGAAGGUCGCCGAUUGGCUCGCGUGGGAUCGCAAUGAGACGACGUUGGCGGAGAUCAAGUCGCUGGUGGCGGCCAACGACGUCGCCGGCAUCAAAGCGCGAAUGAGCACGCGGCUCGUGUUCGGCACCGCCGGCGUUCGCGCGCCAAUGCAGGCCGGAUUCGGACGGCUCAAUGAUUUGACGAUUAUCCAGAUCACGCACGGAUUCGCCCGUCACAUGCUCAACGUGUACGGUGAGCCGAAGAAGGGCGUCGCGAUCGGAUUCGACGGCCGACACAACAGCAAGCGAUUCGCCGAAUUGGCCGCCAACGUGUUCAUCCGCAACAACAUUCCAGUGUAUUUGUUCAGCGAGGUCUCGCCGACGCCAGUUGUGUCGUGGGCAACAAUUCAUCUGAAAUGCGAUGCCGGACUCAUCAUCACCGCCUCGCACAAUCCGAAAGAGGAUAAUGGCUACAAGGCGUAUUGGAGCAAUGGAGCGCAGCGUCGUUUAUCAGAAAAUCAUAAAAAUGAUAAGCGAACCUCGAAUUGUUUGCAGAUUAUUGGACCGCAUGACGAUGAGAUUGUGAGAAUCAAAGAGGCCGAGCCGCAGCCGAGAGAGGAAUAUUGGGACAUCUCGCAACUCCGCGCGUCGCCGUUGUUCCAUUCGGCUGACGUCGCGAUUGAGCCCUACUUUGAGACAGAGAAAUCGCUCAAUUUCCACAAAGAAAUCAAUCAGAAGUGUACCCUCAAAUUCACCUAUUCGGCGUUUCAUGGCAUCGGUUAUCAUUACACGAAGCGAAUGUUCAAAGAGUUUGGAUUUCCCGAGUCGAACUUCAUCUCGGUUGCUGAGCAGCAAGAGCCGAAUCCCGAUUUUCCGACGAUCCCAUUCCCGAAUCCAGAGGAGGGAUUGAAGGUGUUGACGCAUUCGCUGAACACGGCUGAACAUCAUGGAUCGACUGUCGUGCUUGCGAAUGAUCCUGACGCCGAUCGAAUUCAGCUGGCUGAGAAGCAGCCAAAUGGCGAAUGGCGUGUGUUCACUGGUAAUGAGAUGGGAGCACUGAUGACGUGGUGGAUUUGGACGAAUUGGCGUCAGAUGAAUCCGACAGCGGACCCAUCGAAAGUCUACAUUCUCAAUAGCGCCGUCUCGUCGCAAAUCGUGAAAACGAUCGCUGACGCCGAGGGCUUCAAGAAUGAGACGACGCUCACCGGAUUCAAAUGGAUGGGAAAUAAGGCUGAGGAGCUUCGCGCUGCCGGCAAUCAGGUGAUUCUUGCCUGGGAGGAAUCGAUUGGCUACAUGCCGGGGCAUACGAUGGACAAGGAUGGCGUCAGCGCGGCGGCGAUCUAUGCGGAAAUCGCCGCAUUCCUUCAAACACAUGGAAGAACACUUCAGGAGCAGCUCUAUGCUCUGUAUAAUAAGUAUGGAUUCCAUAUCGUCCGAUCGACUUAUUGGUUUGUGCCGAAGCCGGAAGUCACCAAAGAGUUGUUCGCCACUCUACGCAAGGAUUUGAAGUUCCCGACGAUGAUCGGAAAGAACGAGGUGGCGACGGUGCGCGAUUUGACGAUUGGCUACGACAACUCGAAGCCGGAUAAUAAGCCGGUUCUUCCGUUGUCGACGUCUUCCGAAAUGGUCACAUUCUUCUUGAAGAAUGGUAGCAUUACGACGCUUCGUGCUUCUGGAACUGAGCCCAAGAUCAAGUACUACAUUGAGUUGAUCACUCCGCCGGGAAAAACACAAAAUGAUCUGGAGAGCGUUAUCAGCGAGAUGGAUCAACUUGAGAAGGACGUCGUCGCCACUUUGCUCCGUCCUGAGCAAUUCGGAUUGAUUCCACGGAAAUAG